UUUAAGGGUUCACUUGAGUCACAAAUAUAUCUUAUCGGCAUGACAUUCCAAAAAGUGUCCACCUUAAUCAACAAAAACUACUUAAAAAGUGAGAAGUAACAUAGUUCAACUAUUAUCUCUUUAAGUUCACAUUUAUUAUGCUGUCUCAUCCUACUUGAUGAGUUCAAAGUUAAAAUCAUGGAGAAGUGGAUUGGAAAAGUCGCUAUUGUUACCGGUGCUUCUGCUGGAAUUGGUGAAGGCAUUGUAAAAAGUUUAGCCAAAAGUGGGAUUCAUGUUGUUGGAUUAGCAAGAAGAAGUGAAAAGGUAGACGAAUAUGUUCAGCAACUUGGAAAAACUCCUGGGACGAUUUAUUCUCACAAAUGUGAUGUGUCCGACUUGCAAUCAGUGAAGGAAGCCUUCAAAUGGAUCGAAGAAAAGUUUGGCUUUAUUCAUAUUUUGAUUAAUAAUGCUGGCGUUGCUUAUAAAAUGCAAAUUCUUGAUGAAGCCGAUGUAACUGAAAAGAUUGAUUCCAUUCUCAAGACAAAUGUAUCUGGAUUAGUUUAUUGUACAAGGGAAGCAGUGAGAUUGAUGAAGAAAGCUGAUGAUUAUGGAAUGAUAGUGAACGUUGGAUCCAUUGUUGGUCACAAUAUUCCAUUCCGUCCAAAUUCCUUAAACAUGUACGCUCCAUCAAAAUAUGCAGUGACUGCUGUUUCUGAAGUUUUACGUCAGGAAUUAAUUAAUCAAAACAACCAAAAAAUACGAGUGACAAAUCUAAGUCCAGGCCAUGUUCGUACAGACAUGGCCACCCCAUCCAAUGUCGAUCCCGAUGAAUAUUAUGCUACUAAAUCAGUACUAAUGCCGGAAGAUGUUGCUUUAACAAUUAAUUUUCUUCUUGAAACUCCAGUUCAUGUAAAUAUUUCUCAACUGACUAUAAAACCAGUCGGUGAGCAAUUCUGA